UUCAUUUAUCAAGCAAGUCGCUUUUAUUUCGAGUCGUGGUUUGUUUUAGAAACAAGCCACCCCGAUAGCAAAUAGACUAUUCAUAGAAAACACGAUCCGGCUUCGAUAUUGCUCUAGAAAUUUUGUGGGCGUCUAAAGGUAAUAGAACCUUAGUCAUCGACGCAAAAUGGGUUACAACGCAAAUAUUUUUGUUACACCGGUGGAUCAAAACCUACUGUGCGGAAUUUGCAAGGAAGUGUUGAAGAACCCACGCGCCAUGUAUUGUGGACAUACGUAUUGCGAAGAGUGUUUAGAAAACUGGUUUAAAUCCGCGAAAAACGUAAAGAAAAGUUGUCCUAUAUGUCGGCGCGAUGUGAUUUCUUCCAACACCGCACCAGUUUUAGCUCUCACCGCAUUCAUUGAGGGACUUUCCGUGAAGUGCGAAAAUGCCGUGAACGGUUGUAAAAUGGUGUUAAAACUUGGAGACUUGGAGAAGCAUUUGGAAAAAUGCGGAUUUACUCUGGUAGAGUGUAGUGGUUGUGAUGAAAUAUUUAGUCAAAGUGAUUUUCACAAUCAUCGCAAAAAAUGCGCGAAGUUGAAUGAUACCGGCUGCUUCGAUGCCCGUGUGCAUGCCGAGAUCGUAGCGAUUCAAAACGAGCUCUUCAUGACGAAGAAGUCCCUUCGAACUUCCGAAGAAACCGUUCGAAGGUUGGAAUCCAAUUUGUUUGAAUUACGGGUACAAAGGCGAAUCCGAGCGGAGGCGACACGCGCCGAAGAUUUCCGAGAAUCCGUGUGGGAUCCUGAUUAUUCAUAUGGAUAUUCACCUCGAAGCAUUGUUCAUCUUUCAACUUUCAUUUCGUGUUUUUUGACUAACAAGCCACCUUACGUUGAUAAAGAACGCAUUUUUGUUUGUCUGAAACGCUGUUUUGAUUUUUAUCAUAACUGCGCAGCGUUCUGGCAAGAUGUCCACAUGCUUUUGGCAACAGCAUUGGCCAGUGGUUGGUUCGGGGAUGAACAGCGAAAGAAACUUGACAAUUGGUUGAAAACUUUGGCUCGUGAACGCCUCUUGAAGUGAGUUUCGCAUGAUCUUGGGAAGGAAAAGUGAGUAAGAGAGAAAGAAAGAGAAGAAUAGA